CGCCCCACCGCGCCCCCACCCCACCCCCCCACCCCCUCCCUCCCCGGGGCAGCGCUGAGGCGGGCCGGGCCGUGGCGGGCCGGGCCGAGCCGAGCCGUGCCGUGCCGGCGGGCGGGCGGUGAGGCGCGGCUGGCGGCGCAGGAGGCCGGGGCCAUGGCGCUGGACGGGAUCCGCAUGCCGGACGGCUGCUACGCCGAUGGGACGUGGGAGCUGAGCGUCCAUGUCACCGACCUGGGCCGCGACGUCACCCUGCGGGUCACCGGCGAGAUCCACAUCGGCGGCGUCAUGCUGCGCCUCGUCGAGAAGCUCGAUGUCAAGAAAGACUGGUCGGAUCACGCGCUGUGGUGGGAAAAGAAGAAAACUUGGCUCCUUAAAACGCACUGGACGUUGGACAAAUACGGGAUACAGGCUGAUGCCAAGCUCCAGUUCACACCUCAGCACAAGCUGCUUCGCCUUCAGCUGCCCAACAUGAAGUACGUCAAGGUGAAAGUCAACUUCUCGGACAGGGUCUUCAAGGCAGUUUCUGACAUCUGCAAAACGUUCAACAUCAGGCAUCCAGAAGAGCUCUCCCUUUUGAGGAAACCCAGAGAUCCAUCGAAGAAAAAAAAGAAGAAGUUGGAUGAUCAAUGUGAAGACGACGCCUUCGAGCUGGAGGGUCCCCUGAUCACGCCAGGGUCUGGCACCGAUAUUCUUUACAUCGGCCCCGUCAAAGGAAACAUAUAUUCGAGCCCAGGACUUUAUAGCAAAACGAUGACACCAACUUACGACGCUCACGACGGCAGUCCCCUGUCCCCCACUUCAGCCUGGUUUGGUGACAGCGCCUUGUCGGAGGGGAACCCGGGCAUCCUGGCCGUGAGCCAGCCCGUCACCUCCCCGGAGUCCUUAGCAAAAAUGUACAAGCCACAGGCGCUGCUCGAUAAAGCCAAAAUCAACCAAGGAUGGCUGGAUUCGUCCCGAUCUCUUAUGGAGCAGGAGGUGAAAGAAAAUGAGGCUUUGCUGCUCCGGUUCAAGUACUACAGCUUUUUUGACCUGAAUCCAAAGUACGACGCGAUCAGGAUCAACCAGCUGUACGAGCAGUCCAAGUGGGCUAUUCUGCUGGAGGAGAUCGAGUGCACGGAGGAAGAAAUGAUGAUGUUUGCGGCACUGCAGUACCACAUCAAUAAGCUGUCCAUCAUGUCCUCGGAAAACCACCUAAACAACAGCGACAAGGAGGUGGAUGAGGUGGAUGCCGCGCUCUCGGAUCUGGAAAUUACUUUGGAGGGUGGCAAAACGUCGACGAUCCUGGGUGACAUCACUUCCAUCCCGGAGCUCGCCGACUACAUUAAAGUCUUCAAGCCCAAGAAGCUGACGUUGAAAGGCUACAAGCCGUAUUGGUGCACCUUCAAAGAUACCUCUAUCUCCUGCUAUAAAAGCAAAGAGGAAUCCAACGGGACUCCUGCACACCAGAUGAACCUGAGAGGAUGUGAAGUUACACCCGACGUGAACAUCUCUGGUCAGAAGUUUAACAUCAAACUUCUGAUUCCGGUGGCGGAGGGAAUGAAUGAAAUCUGGCUUCGCUGCGAUAAUGAGACGCAGUAUGCCAGCUGGAUGGCCGCCUGCCGCCUGGCCUCCAAGGGCAAGACGAUGGCCGACAGCUCCUACGGCAUGGAAGUGCAGAACAUCCUCUCCUUCCUGAAAAUGCAGCAUUUGAACCCAGACCCGCAGCUGAUCCCGGAACAAAUCAAUACCGACAUUAAUCCCGAGUGUCUGGUUUCUCCUCGCUACCUGAAAAAGUACAAGAACAAGCAGCCAGGCUAUGUAAGAGACUUGAUCACGGCCCGCAUCCUGGAAGCCCACCAGAACGUGGCUCAGAUGAGCCUCAUCGAGGCGAAGAUGCGGUUUAUUCAAGCCUGGCAGUCGCUGCCCGAGUUCGGCAUCACACAUUUCAUAGCAAGGUUCCAGGGGGGCAAGAAGGAGGAGCUGAUCGGCAUCGCCUACAACCGGCUGAUCCGGAUGGACGCGAGCACGGGCGACGCCGUCAAAACCUGGCGGUUCAGCAACAUGAAGCAGUGGAACGUGAACUGGGAGAUCAAAAUGGUGACGGUGGAGUUCGCCGACGACGUGCGGGUGUCCUUCAUUUGCACGGAGGUGGAUUGCAAAGUGGUUCACGAGUUCAUCGGCGGCUACAUCUUCCUGUCGACGCGCGCGAAGGACCAGAACGAGAGUUUAGAUGAAGAGAUGUUCUACAAACUGACCAGCGGUUGGGUGUGAGUCCCACCUACUCUGCACCGAGAGGAAACCCCGUGGCCAUAUUAAUAUUUAACUUUAAAAAGCUGUUCUUUGAAAUAUGCUGCUUAAUAAAGUAAGCUUGAAAUGUAUCUUUUUUUUUUUUUUUUUUUAAUCAUGAAAAUUUUUGCAUUACCAGACCAGUUAAUCUGUGUGCACUAAUGAGCACUUCUGUUAAUUUGCUAUAACGAGACCGUGCCUGGGCCAGGCGAUCCUGCCGCUGGCUUUUAGAUGCAGAAUCUGACAGGCAGAGCAGGAUAAGAUUUGACUGACUUUAAAAUAGCCAAUUUUUUAAGAGAACUCUAAGCCAUCUUCUCGUAAAGCCAUCCGGGGCUUAACCUAUAUGAAGUCUAUUUAUCAUGUUUAAUGCAUGAGUGUUUUCUUUCUUUUUUUUUUUUUUGGCGGUGUUUUUUUUUGUCUUUUUUUUUUUUUUGAAUUCUGUACAUUUGACCUUUUUCGAAGUCGUCCUUCCCAUAAAUAGAAUUUCCAUCUCUCCUUUCACACUACACGCACCGGGACUGCUCCAGGUGCCUGACAUGCCUUGGGAGAUAGUCGCGUGUGGCCUCGAAGAUGAUCUUCUGUUAGUCUGUUAUAGCUUGGUUUUAUUUGUUAACUUGCCUUUUGAUAAUCAUUUAUAUUGUCUUUUUUUUUUUUUAAAUUUUAUUUUAUUUUUACACCGUAUUGUAUUACGACACUUUUAGUAUUCACCAGCAUAGUCACUGUUCUGCCUAUGAUAUGCAAACUUUUUCAUUACAAUAUGAAGUAAAGGUCUAUGAAGUAUAGGUUUUGUGUAACUAAUGUAAAAAACACAAAUUUUAUAAAAUUGUACAGUUUUUUUAACUAGUCUCACAAGCCAGCUAGAAUAUUGCAUAGAUCGGGUGUAUCAGCAUUAACUAUAGUAUGCCUGUAAGGGGGACGGGGAGUAACCAAGAAACACAAAAAAAAAAAAACCAAACUCCAAAAAACCCCGAUUUCAGUCCAGUAAAUUUUUCUCUAAGUUAAGUGGGAUCUCAGAGCUGCACUACAACACCCUCCAUAACUGAUACCUGGGGCCAGGACCUCCCCGUUCGUUAAGCCAGCGCAGCGUUAACGCUAACGAGGAGCGAUGUCCUGCCCCACCUAAUGCCGGGGAAUAACCAGUGUUGCGUUCCUGUAGUCUGUGGUUUCAAGACUAUGUACAAAUGCAUUUUAUUUUAAAUAAAAGUCAAAUCUUUUAU